AUGGCAAGUCCACAAACAGAAGUGUCAAAUAAAACUUCUGGCGAGCCAAUUUAUACAUGGUCUGUUAAAGAGUUUCAAGACCUAUAUACUCGUAUGGGAACAGGUGCCUUUAUGAUGAGUGAACGAUUUUCUUCUCCUUUACCAGUAACUAUCGAUCCAGAAACUGGUGAGAAGGACCCCAUUCACUGGUGGCGUCUCGUUCUAUAUCCACAUGGCUACGCGAAUCAACCCGAUUAUUUAGCAGUAUUUCUUACUGCUUUUCGGUCAGAGUAUGAAAAAAAAAAUCAAGUUAAAUCUAGAACGGUUCAACGAUUUUGGUUCGAAUUGUAUCGGGUUGAUAAUCCUGAUAUUAAAUCCAAAAAACUUACACAUCUUGCCAUAAGAAGUUUCAAGAAAUCUGAUUUCGUUUUUGAAAGUCGGGAUGAUAUUCAUACUUUAGGUACUAGAAAAUUUGUACCUUUUACCGAAAUUUUUGCUGAUGGGAAGAGUAAUAGUAAUGUUACAUUGGUUAUACGGGUGCAUAUCAUCAAUGAAGAUCCAUUUACGAAAGAUACUUUAAGUGAUGGAGGAAAAUUGAACGAAAUAAGACCAAAACCAUUUUUAACUUCUUUUGAAAAGUAUUUUAUGGAUGAAAGAUACUGUGAUGUCGAGUUUGAAUUUGAUUGUGGGUCUAAAAUUAAAUCGAAUCGACUUGCUCUUGCAAGUCGUUCAGAUUAUUUUGAUUCAUUGUUUAAAGAUGAAUGGAGUGCCCCCGGAACAGCGCCAAUUCAUGUUACAGGCAUGAAAUUCCAAGUUUUUAAAGCCAUUCUAUACUAUCUUUAUGCUGAUAAACUAGAAGACGAUAUAUCAAUAGACACAUUACAAAAUCUUUAUUUUGAUUCUGACGCAAGACAUUUAGAUGAUUUAAAAGAAUUGGCUGUACUCCGAAUGGGUGAAAUGGCUACCAUUCACAAUUGGGAUCAGAUAUUAAGAUUUUCUUUAAAGACCAAUGAAGAAAAAUUGAAAAAGAUUGUCAUGUUAUUCCUUAAAUACAAUUGGGAUGAAGUAAAACAGACGAAACAGAUGAAACGAAUGUUGAAAGAAGGAAAUCUUGAUUGGAUUAAUGUGAUUGAAAAUUUGGUUACCACAAAAAUCCUUGGAGAUUAG